AUGACCUCCACGACGACACCGCACUUCGUGACUCUUGGGAUGUUCAUUAUCGACGACUUUUCGUUCGCAGAUGAGCAUGGCAAUCCGACCGGGAAAGUGGUAGACCCACAGGCAAGCUUCAUCCUUCUAUCACUGGGACAUGUUCCUUACCUGGAGCACAACUUCAGAUUGGCGGAGGAGGAACUUAUGCAGCGAUCGGGGCGCGAAUAUGCUAUAUAUGAAUACCUUUUUGCGUCUCAUGAUCAUGGAAAGGGCAGGUUGCAUCCCAAUAAUAUUCGCAUGAUAAUAGACAAGGGCCGCGACUUUCCCCUAGAAAUCGAACAGAAGCUGCUACAGUACGGGAAGGAAAUGUGGUCAUUCAGGGAUCAACCCAACGCACUCACGACGCGUGCUCUCAAUUCCUACUUGGGUGAACAUCGAAACUUUCAAUAUACCACACCUAGAAUCCGUAUCACACCGCGUGAUUUGGAACCGUUAGGCAUCGUCAAACCUCGCACUCUACAUUUCAUCUGCUCACCAACUCGAGCUGCAACAAUAAUCUCCGAGGUCAAGAUGGUGAAGGGAUGGGAACCCAUUACGAUCUAUGAGCCCAUACCAGUAAGCUUACACCCAAACGCCGAGGAAGCACUAUCCUUGCUUUCGAUGGCGUCGACCCAGACACGCGCAACCAUUGAACGUGCUGCAGAUUCCUUCCUCGACUUUGGAAUCGGAAAAGAGAAUUCAGGUUUCAUCAUCAUCAGAAGCGGUGCAUUGGGUGCGUACGUGAAAUCAAGGUCACAAGAAGGCAAGUGGAUCGACGCAUACUGGGGUGACGAGGACCGUGAACGUGUCGUGGACGUCACAGGUGAGAGGAGGCUCUUGCGACUUCUUGCCAUCGAGGAUGAAACAGGCUCAAAUGUCACUUCAGGUGCAGGGAAUUCCUUCUUGGGUGGCCUUGCCGCCGGUAUUUUGUUCUCCGAAGGUGAUGUAGUGGAGGGUAAGUGUCGAUCUAUUUGUAAAACCUGUAACGAGGAAAGCUGA